AUGUCUGGUAAGCGAUCCACGUCCAGCUCACACGUCCCGCGAGGAGGAGGAGGACGCCGCACGCAGACGGUCCUCUGGGGCAGAUGGAGCGCUGCAUUCAAGACGAGAGGAGCAUCACUGACAAGGCGCGCGUCAACAGGCGAAGCAGAACCCCGGCGCUCCGUCCGGGCGACCAAAGGACAACACACGAAAUCAUUCGACGAACUCGAGCCCGCCGCGCCGAAGCGCCGACAGACCAAGAAGAGCAAGAAGGCGCUGGAGAAGGAGCAGUCGCAGGAACCCGACGAGGUGAUUCGCUGCGUCUGCGGCGCCACCGAGCAGGACGAGGACUCGGGCGAGGCGUGGAUCUCGUGCGAGACGUGCUUCGUCUGGCAGCACAACGUCUGCGUCGGUGUGAGCUCCUUCGAGGAUGAGAUCCCCGACAACUACUGGUGCGAGCGAUGCCGCCCGCAAGACCACAAGGAGCUCCUCGAGGGUAUGGCCCGCGGUGAGAAGCCGUGGGAGGCGCGCCGCAAGGCCCACGAGCUGGAGGAGGCCGAGCGCAAGAAGAAAAAGGGCGGCAGGAAAGCCAAGGGCAAGCGGACUAGCGAUCCCAAGGACGAGUUGGACAAGGAGACGACGCGGAGCAAGUCCAAGGCCUCGCCCACACCCGACGCCGCCGCAGGCCCCAAGGACAAGAAGGACGCUGCCCCGAAGCAGGGGAAGCGCAAGUCUCGCGAGGACUCGCACGACACGGACGGAAAGUCUGCCAAGCUCCGGCGAACAUCGGAUCGCGACGCCGUUCCCGUGUCGUCGGUCAAGUACAUACCCCCGGCCGACCUGGCGACUUCAGUGACGACUCUCCCCGGAACGCGCGUCGGCCCCGCCAAGGCGCUCAAGAAGUCGUUGACGCACGUCAUAUCGGCCAUGGUCAAGAAGCAGGAGCUCGCGGUGCCCGAAGACGAGACGGAGGACAGCAUGGCGGAAAAGUACGCGCUGCAGAUUGAGCGCGCCGUGUUCGACACGCACCCGGUGGCCAACGGGAACAAGGAGUACAGCCAGCAGAUAAAGUCGCUGGCGUUCAACCUCAAGAACAACCCCGAGAUAUGCCGCGGCUUGGUGGACGGCGCGCACUCUCCCGCGACGCUCGCCGUCAUGACGUCGGAGCAGCUCGCGUCGGCGGAGCUGCAGCGCCAGACGGCCGAGAUGAGAGCAAAGGCCGAGAAGCAGUCGAUCCUUUACACGCAGGAGACGGGCCCGCGCGUGCGCCGGACGCACAAGGGCGAGGAGGUGGUGGAGGACGAGAGCGUCGUGAAUGACGCGCCGAUACCCAUGGCCGGAGGUCCUCGACGAGGCGGCGGCGGCGCAACGACAGCGGCGGGAGGUGAUCGACAGUCGCCCACGGUGAAGCGCGAGUCGGUCAGCGGCGAGGCGGCAGCGGCCAGGCCACCGUCGCAAGGAGGGGGACAGUCGCCCACGCAGUCCAACUUUGACAUCAAAAAGGUGUUUUCCACCGUCAAGUCGCCGACGGCGGCGCACAACCGACGACCAUCCGCGCCGGCGAUCCAGACCAACGGGCCUGGCUUCGACCCGGAUGUGGACCGGCUGCUACAGGACGAGACCGAGUCGCCGCCGUAUUCGCCGACGGAGGAGUCGCACGACCCGGAUGUGGUGUGGAAGGGCUCACUGGCCAUGAGCUCCAUCGCCGACUUCGCGGCGACGGCCAAGCACGUCGGCGGCGCCAACUUUAGCAAUUUUGGCCCGUGGUCGCAGCUCAUCCCCAAGCGCAUGACUGUGGCAGGCCGGAUCCAGCAGCAGAGCGCCAUCGAGUACCUGUGCAGCCUGCGAUACAGCAACCUGACGGAUAUCAUCGUCGUCAGCAUGUCGCCCGCGUCGCCCGACUCGCGGCCCGAGUUUAACGCCCUCGUCGACUACUUCCUAAACAAGGGCCGCUACGGCGUCGUCGGCGACAAGGUGGCCGGCAACGUGCGCGACACGUACCUGGUGCCUGUGCCAGCGGGCGAGGACGCACACCCCGAGUUCAUGCUCAACCUCGUCGACAACCAUAUCCCAAGAUCGCGCGCUGAGCCCAUGCUACUGGCCGUCUUCGUGUACCGCAACGAUCCGGAUCAGCUGCGCCAGGCUCAGGAGGCUACGGCUAUGCAGGCGCUGCACAACGCGGCGGCGGCAUCGCCCACGCCAGGGGCUGCGGCCCAGGGCAGCCAGCGCAGCAACUCUACAUCUGGGGGACCGGCCUUUUCCCCGGCGACGCCCCAGGGCGCGUUUGCGCAUCACUACUCUCCCGGUCAGUCUGCGGCGGCCCCAGCGCAUCACUCGGCAACGCCGGUGCCUAUCCCGCAACCGCCUCAUACCACGGCGCGGCCGGCCGCAAUAGCCGUCCCGCAAGGAGGACCACCACCUCCAGGACCGACAGGAGCAAGCGUGCCGACGCCCAGCCAGAGCCAGUCGCCGCCGACGGAGGAGCAAAAGGUGCAGCUGCAGAGGGCCGGGCAGGCCAUGGCGGCCGAGGUGCUGGGCCCGACGCUCAUCGCCGUGCCGACGGUGCAGUUCAUCCUGCCGCAGGCGUUCCAGAUGUCGCGGCGCGAGUGGGAGGUGGUGCGCAGCAUCUACGAGCGGGAGCCGCGCGCCCGCGAGGACCUGCAGUACCUGGGUGCGCUGCUGGAGAAGGAAAGCGCGGAGCAGCGCGCGGAGCAUGGUGGUGGUGGUGCUGCUGCUGCUGCGCCGACGGCUGCGGCUGCGGCGCGCAAGGCGGCGUAG